AAUCAUUUUUCACGGGUUGUUGACACGGGUAGAUCACAGCCGGUUGUGAAAGUGCUUCGUGAUGUAAAAUUAAUCAUAAUUAACUGCCGGAAAUAAGUAGUGAUUAUUUAGGAAUUAGAAUUAAAAGCAAUACUGUAGCAAUACUAUAUGCAUUUAAGAUUAUUGUGUAAUAAGUAUUAUUAUACAUAAAAAUACAAAAAAAAUUGUGGAAAUAAGCGUCUGUCACGAAUAUAAGCAAUCUUGACAAAGUCGACAGUUAAAUCUUAUCAUAUUUAACUAGAAUUUUAUAAAGAAUUAUUUUCAAAGUUAUAUUCGUGUAUGUGAUAGAAAAAUUGUGCUGCUAGAAAAAAGAAGAUACGAAACACUAAAAAUACAUCUUAUGAGGAAAAAUGGUUUCGUGCACAUGGUGACACCUCUGAUAAAAAAAAUAAUAUAUAAAAACAUGAUAAAUAUAAAAAAUAUAUGAAUGACAAUGGGCUGAAAUACAUUAAAUUGUAAAACUCUCAUCAUUUUUAUAAAAGAGAGGAAAUAAGUCAUGGCAACAGUAGAAGAAAAGAAACGAGUUGGUGGCUCAAAAGUUUCAGCCAUUGCAAAUAUCUUCCAGUCAAAACCACAAUUGGAUAAUCUAAGUCAUAGGACAAAUAAUAUUCUAUCAGAUGGUUUCAAGGAACCAGCUGUGCCUUUAAAAGAAUCUCCAACACAAGUUACAGUUGUGAGAACUGAAAGUCAUGUAGCUCGAUUUAAUAAUGCACGUGCACUUUUUGAAAAACUUGGAGAAGAAAAUAAACCAAAUAAACCGGUGGAUAGGAUUACAAAGCCUAGUAAUUUACAUGGCUUAAGAUCACGUUCUAGCUCUGCAAAUUCUGGAUCAGGUUGUACAUCUCCAGCUAGAUCACCACGUCCUAGAUCACCAUCACCUCCAGGAACCAGAGAUCACUUGAGCAAUUGGAGUGCAAGUGUACCAACCUUAAAUGCUGAAAGACAUUUUGAAAAUGGUCACAAUCAUGGUUUAGAUAAUAUACCAGAUAAACAUAAAUCACGAACAGGAUUAGGGAAAUUUGACAAAAAUUAUGGCAAAGAAAAUCGUUUGGAUGAUCGACCGGAAAAACCAGAAAAACCAGAAAGAAGAUUGAAUUCAAAAGAAUUAAUUGAAAAGCAAAAAAAUUGGACUAGUCAUUUUUCAAAAACAAGACCAAGUAGAUACAAUUCAGACCCAAAUAGAUCUUUAGUUCAAAGUUCAUUAAAUCAGAGUGCAAAUAAAAUAAAUGUUGAAACUGCUUCUGUAGGACAUUUACAAAAUACUACAAAUACUGAUAAUGAAACAAAAAGAUCAGCAGAUAUUUCUGCUAAUCCAGCCACAAGAUCUGCAAGCUUUUGUUCUGUUAGAUCAUCAGUUAUAUCUCCACCUCCACCACCACCACCAACAAGAAACUCUUCUACUUCAAAUACAAAAAAAGAAAGACCAGCUAGUAUAGCAGCAGUAUCUCCUCCAGAUAUUCCUAGUAGUCCAGAAUAUGCUACCAUAAAUAAAUAUUUUGAUACUUCAUCAACAAUACCUGAAUAUGCAGUUGUACAAAAAAGUACAAAUAUACAAAAUAAAAAUUUCCAAAAAAAUCAAGAACAACGAGAAAUUUCAAAAAAUAUUUCCAGUCCUAUGUUAGAAAAAACACAAGAUGUGUCUAUGCCAGAAUAUGCAGUAGUGCAGAAAAAUACUACAGCAAAAAUACAUUGCCGAAAUGCUGAUACAUCAAAAAAUAGUUCAACACAUCAUUCAAAAAAUAUUAACAAUGCUGAAAGUAGUUUAUCUCUUAAAAGUACUUUUGCAAGUUCAAGUAUUGAUAUUUAUUCACAAACAAAAUCACAUAUUUCCUCCUGUGAAAAAAAUUCUGACAUAUCUAGUCCAACACGAAGUAUGUCUAUAGAAAAUAUUAUUAGUAUGACUGUAGAAAGUAAAACAAAAAAAGAUAGCGAUUUACUUGAUGCUUCUGAAUAUCUAAACUAUCCUUCAAACGUUAUACGUUCACCACCUAAAACAUCUGAGUGGAGAAAUGAAUGGUUAGCCAAAAAUGAUGAAAUUUUAAAGAAAGCUACAGAUUUAAAAUGUGCCAGAGAAGAAAUGGAAAUUAAAAGCGAAGUUAUAAGAUCUGAUCCACGACCAGAUUGGGCAAGACCAUGUAUAAAUACAAUGAGAAAAAAAGAUAGUUUAUCAGAAGAAAAAAAAGUGGAACCGUCAAAAUCUCCGGAUCCGGAAUUGAGACCACCUUCUGGAGGUACGGAUAGUGCAUCUUCUAGUAUGAGCUCUCCUAGCUCUCCUUCUAAGGAUAGUAAAGAAGAGAAGGCAGAUAAGGAAAUGUCAGAAAAGUUUCAAACUGGUCGUAACAGUUAUGAUUUACAACAUGAAGAACAAGAAAAACCUGCAGCAUAUAUGGAAUCUAUUGCUGAAAAGGAUAGUUUAGAAAAAAAUUCAAAAUUCAAUGAAUCAGAUACUACUACAGUUAUUCGACGAUCUCAUGUACGUGUUGAUCUUCAAGCUGCUGGUCUGGGACCACGACCACCAUCUGUUGUCAGCUCAGAUCAAGAAUACCCACCUUUAGAACAUAAGGAUAUACCAAUACCUUCGCCAUAUGUAAAGAAAAUACAACAAAAUCAAGAAAUUUCUUCUCAAAACAAUGAAAUUAAACCACAAGUAAAAAUAAAUAUAGAAGAAAAUACAUUAAUAAAAAUUGAUUCAGCAAAAAGUUGCCAUAAUAAAAUAUCUCAAGAAAGUAACCAAGAUUAUAUACGAAUAAAUUCAAUGAAUACAGAACAAAAUCAAAAUAUAAUUUUAGAUAAUAAGUCAAAAUCAAAUAUUAACAAUGAAAAACAUACAUUUUCUGAAACUGUAUAUCAAAAAACAGUAUCCAAUGCCAAAAAUGAUCAAAUUAAAAUCUCUGUACGUGAAAAGCUAGCAAAAAAUAAAGAAGAAGUCUCUGGAAAACGUUCAAGUUUUGCUGAAAUAGAUAAUAAAGUAGAUCAAAUAGAAAAAGUUAGUUUAAAUACAAGUCAAUGUUCAAUGGUUUCAAAUGUUCAUAAUACUGAGAAUUCAUCUGAAAAAUUGAAUGACAAAGAAACUGAAUUAAAUGAUGUUUCAUUACACUCAGAAAAUAUAUCUAAAUUUAUAUCAAAAACAAAUAAUAAGAAGGAAUUUAUAACAUUAGCAGGUGAUGCAGUAUCAUCACCUAAAUCCAAUUCUCAAACAAUAAGUAAUAUUCUAAAUAAAAGUACAGAAGAAUUAAAUCAACCACAAACAACAUGGGAACAAGAAAAACAAAAGGCUGAACUGGCAAAAUUGAGAUUACAGGAAAAUACUUUUACAAAUACAAUUCAACAAGUUAAUAUGUCUCAAAAUGUAUCACCUGCUAUUGUAACUUUGCAUCAUACAGAAAAGAAACAAUUAAACGAACAUAUUAUAUCUGAAAGUAGUAUUCAUGAUGAUAGUGAUUCUAGUGAUACUAAAACUAUUACAAAUCUGGAGCAUAUAUCAGCAAUGGAUGCAAAAAAUACCAUGGAACGUAUUAAUUCUAAAACUGUUAUAGAAAAUUUUUCUAAAGCUACUACAAAUCAAACAAUUCCUGUAACACCAGACACUAUGACAGCUGAUGAAGCAGAAAAUUUAUUAAGUUCACGCAUCCUAGAGAAAAAAAUAAGACAAGGAUCAGCUUUAUUAUCAGACGAAGAAGCUCAAGAAAUAGCAAGAUUAUUAUCACCUACUACACAUGCUGAAGUUGUAAGUGAAGAAUCUAUUGAUAAAAAUAAAGAAAUUGAUAAAGAGAGGGAAAAGGAUGAUCAAGAUAACACACCAGAUUGGCUUUCUGAUGUCUUGUCUGCUCCUGAUACCAGUCUUAUUAAUAGCACCACUAAUGAUUAUAGUUUGUCUCAUAGAUCACGUAGCGAUUUAACGAUAGACUCGUUAACAGAGAGUCAAGUGGGUUCUGUAACAGGUAGUGAAAGUGGUUUACUUGGAUCUGUUAAUAGUUUGAAUGAUACUUACGAAAUUAACGAUGAUACAGAAACAGAACAUCAAGAUGAAUAUGUUCCUCCAACACCAGGCAAAGUUAUAUUGGUUGAAAAUGGUGUACAUUAUUUUGAAGAUGGUCAUUUUUGGAUGGAAGUUGCAGGAAUACCAGAAUCAGACGAUGAGAAAGAUGAUUAUCCAACAAAUAUACCCAUUAAAAAAAUGUCUAAAGUUUCAUUUGAUACGAAACCAAUGAGAGUUUAUUCAACACAUUCAGUAAAUGAAUACGAUCGACGAAAUGAAGAUGUAGAUCCUGUUGCUGCUAGUGCAGAGUAUGAACUUGAGAAACGAGUUGAAAAAAUGGAGGUAUUUCCAGUAGAGCUUAUGAAAGGUCCAGAAGGUCUUGGUUUAAGUAUUAUUGGAAUGGGUGUUGGUGCAGAUGCAGGGCUAGAAAAAUUAGGUAUAUUUGUUAAAACAAUCACAGAAAAAGGAGCAGCUGCACGAGAAGGCAGAAUACAAGUAAACGAUCAAAUCGUUGAAGUGGAUGGUAAAUCUCUAGUUGGAGUCACACAAGCAUAUGCAGCUAGUGUUCUUCGUAAUACUUCAGGACUCGUACGUUUUGUAAUUGGUAGAGAACGUGAUCCAAAUUCAGAAGUGGCUAUGCUAAUUCGACAAAGUCUUCAAGCAGAUAAAGAAAGAGAACAAGCUAACUCUGCUAGAAAACUUAAUUUCUCGGAUGCUUCACCUGAUAGUCAACGAGGCAGUGAAGAUAUUUCUGUUGGAGGUAUGGGAGGAAUACCAGGUUCUCCAGCUAUGUCAUCGUGUUCGGAAGGGGAACCUCCUCAAAGUCCUAUAGAAAAUUAUUUACCUUCUGGUCGCAGUAGAUCUCCUAUUAUCAGUUCAUCAAUGCCACCACAUACAUCUGCCACAACGCAAAGUGAUGUUGACAGUUUAAGAUUGCUUUUACAAGAGAGUCAGUAUAAACUAGCAUUAGCAGAUGGAGAGGUGGAAAAACUCAAAGCUAAGCUUGUAGACUUAGAAAAUAGUGGAGCUGGAAGCGAAGAAUAUGCAGCAAAAUUGCGCGAAUCUGGUUUACGACUUCAUGAAUCUGAAAGAGCUUUAGGCACUGCUAAACAAGAUUUAGUAACGGCACGAGAAAUGCUCUCUCAAGCAACAGCACAAAACGCUGCUUUACAACAAAAAUAUGCUCGAGCCAGAAGAGCAGCUCGCGAAUUACGCACAGAUAUCGCUGCUAGAGAUGAAUUUUAUCAACAAUUAUUACAGGAAAAAGAUACAGAAUAUAAUGCUCUUGUUAAAAGUUUAAAAGAUAGGGUAAUUACAUUGGAAGUAGAACUAACAGAAACACAACGGAGAUUUGGAUUACCAGUAAGAUUGCCUUAUGAUGGAACUACGGCUAGAAUUGUUACACCACAGUUGUCGCGCCGACAAUUACCUCCCCCUCCUUCAUCAACUAGUUGUCAACUUUCAGAUACAGAAACAGAUCUUAGUAGUCCGGAUGAUGGUGAUAAAACAGCAACAGUUGAAAGAAAAUUACCGCUUCCAUUGCCAGUCAAGGAAGAAUUAGAUCGAGCAGUACCUGCACAUCGACUACUUGACAAUUCAGCUGGAAAAAGUAAAGCUGAACUUGCUAGUAGAGGAGGACUCGCAAAUCGACAACUCCCUAAACGAUCUGGCGGUCUUAGUAAUAGUAGUUCUGAUUAUGGUUUGGAUGAAUCAGGUGACAAUACUGAUGAGGAUUCAUCUUCUAAAUUACUUUCACAGGACACAAGUAGCAGAUCACCAAACGAUUUAACAUCAAAACAAUCAAAUUUGAGUUCCUAUUCUAGUAGUUCUUCAAUUAGUUCAUUGAAAAGUAAACAUAUGGAACCUACGCAUCCGACAACAAUUCGACAACAUAGUACUAUUAGUUCACAAGUUAGAGCUAUGACAGAACAAAGUUGGCCACAAUCUCAAAAAAAUUUAACUGGACCACCAGCAUCAUUUGCAGAGCAGUUAAAACAAGUUUUAGCAGAAAGAGAAAGACGGCUUGGUGGAAAUGACAUAUCUUCAUCGAGAGAAAGUUCUGGAGACUUUAGUGAUUUAAAUAAUCCACAUUCUAGUGAUCCAACUUUAGUUACUCAUCAUUUAGUAGAAGAAAUACGACAAGCUGUAAAUGAAGCCAAUCAAAGAGUAAAAAAAGCCACUAUUCCUUCAUCAAAUUUAAUUGGUAGCAGUACACCUUGGCAUCAUCCAGGUAGUUCACCAUCUAGUCUUUCUUCUGGUGGAUCAGUGAGCCCACCUGCUGUUGAUCCUAGUCCAUCUAAAACAGAUACGAGUGAAGUUUGGUUGCCUCCUCAUCCAAGUGAAUUUGGUUUAGGUGACAAAAAGUCUCACUUUUGGCAGAAUGCACCAGUUACUGAUUGGUCCAAAGAACAAGUUUGUCAAUGGUUAUCAGGAAUUGGUUUGGAACGUUAUGCAUCACGCUUUCUGGAAACUGGAAUUAAUGGUGGAAACCUUUUAAGACUUGAAUCUCGUGAUCUCAAAGCUUUUGGUAUUUGUGGAGAAGAAAAAUCACAUUUGAAACGUAAAUUGAAAGAACUUAGAGCACAGGCAGACCGGGAACGCAAAGAAAGAAAAGAAAUAGAACGAAUGCGACGAAAAGCAGAAAAAGCAGCACGAAAAAAAUAGUUCGUGCGUAUAUUAAUGUACUUAUGUCCUUUAUAAAAUGCAAUAACUUUGCACAAAAAA